CAUUUCCUCGCCACUCCUCCCACCUCCCGCGAAGCAUUCCGAACUCCAGCUGCUCGUGGCGUUGGUGGUUGGCGAUGGAGUUCAAGGUGGUCUCCAAGGCUGCGGCGGCGUCGCCCGCGCCCAAGGGAGCUCUGCUCCGGGGGCCUCAGGGUGGGAGCCGCGUUGGCUUCGGGCCGGCGGCGACCAGGACAAAGGCGCUGCGCGCGGCCAACAACUCCGUGACCCCCGUGACCAGGGAAGAGAGGAUAGAUCGAAGUGAAAUAUUGACCUUGGACAGUAUUAGACACUCUUUGAUUAGACAAGAAGACAGCAUCAUAUUCAGCCUCUUGGAGAGAGCCCAGUUCCGUUACAAUGCUGAUACAUAUGAUAGCAAUGCUUUCCACAUGGAUGGUUUUGAAGGCAAUUUGGUUGAAUAUAUGGUUAGAGAAACUGAAAAGCUCCAUGCUCAGGUUGGGAGAUACAAGAGCCCAGAUGAGCACCCAUUCUUUCAAGAAGAUCUACCUGAGCCUCUGUUGCCACCUAUCCAGUACCCAACGGUUUUGCAUCCUAUUGCUGAUUCUAUUAAUAUCAACAAAGAGAUUUGGAAAAUGUAUUUUGAUGAACUUCUUCCAAGAUUGGUGAAAGAAGGAAGUGAUGGUAAUUCUGGAUCCAGUGCUCUUUGUGACACAAUCUGCCUGCAGGCACUCUCUAAAAGAAUCCACUAUGGGAAGUUUGUGGCAGAGGCCAAGUUUCAAGAGUCCCCUGAAGCUUACAUGCCUGCAAUUAUAGCCCAGGACCGUGAUCAACUAAUGCACCUCCUCACAUAUGAAACAGUGGAGCAUGCUAUUGAACAAAGGGUAGAAGCUAAGGCCAAGGUCUUUGGGCAAGAGGUGAAUGUGAGUAGUGAGGACAACGGCGCCCCACCCAGCUACAAGAUCAGGCCCAGCUUGGUCGCCGAACUGUACAGCUACAGAAUCAUGCCGCUAACCAAGGAGGUUCAAGUGGCGUACUUGCUUAGGAGGUUGGAUUGAGUGUGUUUACCAUUGUAAACUGCCAGAUUCGAUUCCUGGCAUUAAAGAAUAAACUAGGCAAACAUCAGUAGGUGUCCAUUUUUGGACUGAUUGGAGAUACUUUAUAUACCGUGUGUUUAUUUGCUC